GGUUAUGUUUAUUGAUUUUUUAUUUUGAUUACAUGUUUAAACAUAAUUUCGAUUAAUAGUUAAACUAUAGCAUUUUUUACGUUUUAUCAUGUCUCAUUUAUUCAUUAGGUAAUAUACUGCAUAAUUUACUGGCCCUUAUCUUCGCACAUCUUCGCUGUUACAAUGAAAAAUCUAGUGGUCUUCGGCAACCCCUUACUAGAUACAAUAGUGUUUAUCAACGACAACAGCCUACUAGAUAAAUAUAAUUUAGAAAAAGACGGUCAAAAAGAAUUGAGUUCCGAAGAAAUGAAACGUAUCACUGAAGAUGUUCGUAACGAAUCAAAGAACACAACGUACAUAGCGGGGGGCUGCGCUCAAAAUUCGAUGAGGGUGCUGCAGUGGCUGACGAACAAGCGGCACAAGGCUUCGAUAGUGGGAUCAGUGGGAAACGAUGAAGACGCGAAGUUGCUGAAGAACCUAGUGGAAAAAGACUGUGUUGAUACCCACUACAUCGUACAGAGUGGUUAUACCACUGGAAAAACUAUUUCUUUGGUUAAAGGUGUUGAUAGGUCUCUAGUGGGUCAGUUAGGAGCAGCGGAAGUGUUAAAACCGAGCGAUAUUUCUAAUAAUAGUAAUUUUCCGGAUAUAAUUCGAAUUGCUGACUACAUUUAUUUCGAAGGGUUUUUUCUAACGAAACGCGAAGAAGCAGCUUUGUAUAUUUUAGAUUACUGCAAGAAUCUCAAUAAAAUAAUCGCUUUCAAUAUAUCAGGCGACUACGUUUGUAAAAUGGUACCGAAAACAUUGCAAUACUUCGUUAAUAAUUCUGAUAUUUUAUUUGGUAAUAAGAGGGAAUUCGAAGCACUAGCAACAAUGUGUGGAUUAACCGAUACAGAAGAAUUAGUGAAUACACUAUUAAAAAAUGGUAAACAAAAAUUGAGUUUAUAUGGAAACGUUGUUAUAAUAACCGAUGGUGCGCAACCCGGUACCUGUUAUUAUGGUUACGCAAACAAUUAUUCGCAGAAAUUCCAGUUCAAAGUGGAGGAAAUCGAUAGGAGCCUAAUAAAAGAUACUACGGGCGCAGGUGAUGCGUUUGUAGGGGGAUUUCUAGGUGGAAUGUGCGAAGGGAAAUCUAUCGAAAAGUGCAUAGAAUUGGCAUGUUAUGCUGCCGGGGAGAUUAUUAAGCAAAUCGGGUGUUCACUGCCCAAUAAAUCGAUAAAUAUUUAGUAUAAUUUGUGUUAUAAAUUAUUAAAGAGUUUUUUUAUACAGGUUAUUUGAAUCUCUAAUGUUGUGUGAUAGCUAAGGGAAAUAAACGCAUUUUAAUCGUUAAAUCAUAGAGAAAGAAAGACUUUUAUUUUGUCUAUGCCUUAAAUAUUCGC